AGCUUCAAUCAAUCCGAGUGCAGCGGCCGAUAGAGCAGCAUCGAUCACGCGCUCUUCCAGGUACAGUUUGAGUGAGCGCGAGCGCUUCUCUCCCCGCCCCCUCCCCUCCAUAUCUCACGCGGCGAGGGUCGAGAACCUUCCAGCAGGUGGGGGGAGCCGACUCCCGGGCUCCUUAUGUCCCGCAACGGCAGUGACGACGAGUACAGCCUCAGGGACCUGAAGGGCGAGCGGUGGAUCAGGCCAGACGGACAACGCGAGACGCUCGGCGAGCGGACUCUGAUCAAAGUGACCAGCGGCGGUAACAACAACAACCACCACCAUCAUCAGCAGUUGACGGCCAUGGCAACCGCGGCCGAGGGAAAUCUGGAGCGCGCCGCCCGGAGGCACUUGCAAGGAGGCGGUAGCAGGAACAUCAACAAUCCCCGCUUCGUCUACAUCCUGGCUACGUUCGCAGCCCUGGGCGGCUUCUUGUUCGGCUACGACACCGGCGUCGUGUCGGGCGCCCUGCUGUUGCUCAAAAAGGAGUUCGCCCUCAACGAGCUGUGGCAGGAGCUGGUGGUGUCGGCUACGGUGGGAGCCGCGGCCAUUUCGGCGCUAGCCGGAGGCCUUCUCAACGGCUACUGGGGUCGGAAACCCUGCAUACUGCUGGCCAGCUUCCUCUUCACGUUGGGGGCGGUAGUGAUGACGGCUGGGAGCGACCGUAACGCGUUGUUGGCCGGACGCGUCGUGGUGGGAUUAGGCAUCGGACUGGCUUCCAUGACUGUGACGGUAUACAUUGCAGAGGCUGCACCUUCCCAUCUCAGAGGACGAUUAGUUACUGUCAAUACCCUUUUCAUUACUGGAGGACAAUUUUUUGCAAGUGUCAUUGAUGGAGCAUUUAGCUACCUUGAAACAGAUGGCUGGAGAUACAUGCUUGGUCUUUCAGCUGUUCCUGCUGUUGUCCAGUUCGUGGGAUUCCUUUUCCUUCCAGAAAGUCCACGGUGGUUGGUGCAAAAAGGAAAAACUCAGAAAGCUCGCAGAGUCUUAAGUCAGAUUCGUGGAACUCAAAACAUUGAUGAAGAGUAUGAGUGCAUCAAAAAUAGCAUUGAGGAGGAGGAAAGAGAAACAGUAGGAGGUGGUACCGUUUUGUGGAAGAUGAUAACCUACCCCCCAACUCGUAGAGCACUGAUAGUUGGAUGUGGAUUGCAACUCAUUCAGCAACUUUCUGGCAUCAACACAGUCAUGUACUACAGUGCUACAAUAUUACAGAUGUCCGGAGUUCAAGAUGACACAUUAGCAAUCUGGUUGGCUGCUGUCACAGCAUUCACAAACUUCAUUUUUACAUUGGUUGGAGUUUGGUUGGUUGAGAAAGUAGGACGCAGGAAGCUCACGCUGGGCAGUCUUUCAGGAACAGCAUUGAGCCUUGUGAUUCUAGCAAUUGGCUUUUUGUUAUCAGCCCGGGCUUCUCCACCAAUAACUCUCUAUCCCAGAGACCCUUCAGGCCUUAACAGCAGCUGUGCUCAAUACAAAUCUUGUAAUAAUUGUAUGUUGGACCCAAAUUGUGGCUUCUGUUUCAAAAUGGAAAGUCCAAAUGUUACCGAGUCGUCAUGUGUUCCUGUAAGCAACAGAUCUGAGGGAAUGGCUGCCUGGGGCAGAUGCAGUAAUACUUCAGAAUUUAAGAAAGAAGGCUUAUCUUGGGCUUACAACUUCUGCCCUACAGUAUAUUCUUGGACUGCGUUACUAGGUCUUAUCCUAUACCUUGUCUUUUUUGCUCCAGGAAUGGGUUCAAUGCCUUGGACAGUGAAUUCUGAAAUAUAUCCAAUGUGGGCACGAAGUACAGGAAACGCCUGUUCUUCUGGAGUCAACUGGAUUUUCAAUGUUCUUGUGUCAGUAUCAUUUUUGCAUUUGGCAGAACAUCUUACAUAUUAUGGUGCUUUCUUCUUGUAUUCUGGACUAACCAUCUUGGGGUUGUUUUUCGUCUAUGGGUGCCUUCCAGAAACUAAAGGAUUAAAGUUGGAAGAAAUUGAGAGUUUGUUUGAGAACAGGCUUUGCACAUGUGGCCUUUUGGACUCUGAUGAAGCUUCUAGUCCACUUUGUCAAAGAACUGAAAAUGAAGAUGACAUUGUGUGGUACACAGGUGGGCAAACAAACACGUAUUCUGAACUUUACUGAUAACAGCACUUUGCUGUUGACGUUAGGUUCUGUGAUGAUCAUUAUGCUGAAGAUAAAAUGCAGUGUAAAAUUGUUUAGAACAUCCUGGUAUAAUGUUUUAGUCUCCAAAUGUUACUCAAAUAUAACCUUUUUAAGUAAGGUAAUUAUAUUAGCUUUGACACUGUUCUGGUACGUAGCAAGGUUAAUUGCAGUAGCCUGAUUAUCCUGCAUAUUCUUUGAACAAUAUUUUGUGAUGCAUAGGAAGUUUAUAGUUCUCUCCCUUUUGGUGCAAAUGGAUCUUACCUAGGUCUUCAAAGAAGUUGAGGAAUUUUCUCAAGCAAGAGAAUGAUCAAGUUUAUCAUAUUACUCCAUUCUCAUACAUCUAACACUCAAAUGCAGAGUGAAGCUGGCAAGAAAGGUUCUUGUCUAGCACCUUGGUAAUGAAUAUCAUAUAAACCUAAGUUAAUGUAGAAUAAACCUUUAGCUUUGACAGAAGCAGGGGGUUAACAGAAUUUAAAAGUUUACCUAUUAAUUGUGGACCAAAAAAAGGCAUUUCCAGUGCCAAACACCACUGACAUAUAGUUCUUUGUGAUUGAUAAGUGGAAAACCCAUUUUAACAUAAUUUAUGUACAUUUUUUUCGAAGUGGUUUUUCAGCUUUCUCUCAAUUUAGUAAAAUACAUUUCACCACAAUUGUCUUAUAUGUAUCUUGCAACUAUAGAACUGAACUCAUUCAUUAAAUUACAAAGUAGAUAUAUAAUGCUUUUGGGAUUUUAUUUGGAUCCUUUCCAGUGAAACGUAUUAGUGGUGCCCAGAUGCAUGAUUACAAAAUCCUUUAUUUUCUUAAGAUCACGUGUUUAUCUAGAAAUACAUAGUUUUAGCAUGCAAUUUGCACUGGUGAUGGUGUUAAUACUUGGCAUAUCUAACAGGAUAGCACAUGUGGCCUUUUAAUGUUUUAACAGAGCCAACAAUCAUGUAAUGGUGAUGGUGCUUGUGAGGGUUUGUAGUUCAGAUUGGAGCAGAUUUUAAUUGUAACAGUUCAAGUGUUUGCCCAUAAUUAAUGGGGACUAGAGCAUGCAAAAUAGUACUCAUUGGAACAGGGUAAUCAUUUUCAUUUGUCAUUUUCUACAACCUGCUUUCUGUGAUCUGAUUCAUGUUUUGUUGGAAAUGGAGGCUAGCCAUCUAACUUAGCCUUUGAUCAAAAAGUGGCUUGCUUAAGGUCAGAACUUUGGGCAUUACAUCAUCCAUUUUUCUUUUGUUGCACAAGACGCAAACUUACAAACAAUUGUGAAAAACAGUCUGCCUUAAUUGAGAACAUUGAAGUUACUAUGUUGCUUUACCUUCAAAGGUAGGUAUUUUUUAAAGUAUGGAAUCAGUAAAAUCAGUGUCAAAAUAUUGUGCAAUAAUUGGUUAGUUUUCUUCAGUGAGAACCAAGUACAACCAUUUUGAUGAUUGGACUCCUUUUGGGCUUUCCAAUAGAUGCACUUGUGGUAUUUGGCACCAUUUUGUUAAUCACAGUGUAGAAAAUAUACUCAUUAAAUUGAUUUAAUAUCAGUUCAGAUUUGAUGAAGGACCCAGUAAUUAGUGAUGUGCAACAACAACAUAUUCUUGCUUCAUUUGGCAAGGUGUUACUUAAAAAUAUACUUUACAGCAUUAUAUGUAAGGAACCAAGCUUACCAAAAAAAUCAUUCCAAUUAGAUUUUUUGGUAGCAUUUUAUUAAUUUUAUAUAUUUUGUUUUAUAUUGUGUAUUCACUUCAAUGAGGUAGAACCAGACGAUAAUGUAUCCCAGAAUUCAGUCAUUGUUUAAAGGAAAAUCUUCAAAAGCAUUAAAAUAACACAGUUCAAACAGGAACUGAUGUGUGUUCUACAUAAUAUCCUCACUGUUGUACCAAUUUGUUUUCAGCUUAUAGAUAUAUGGUAUGUUUAAAAAUAUAUAGUUUACUCCUAAAAAUAAGGAAUUGUAGGGUGAUACUACAAUUGAAGUGUAAUUGGCUUACUAAGCUAGAAUUGUACUUGGAAUCCCAGACUAAUUUACUAGUUUGCCCAGUUAUUCAUAUGCCAUGAUUUGGUGCAUGUUAUCAUGAAAUUAGCUGUCUCAGUUCACUACCCCUGAAAGGAUAAUUUUUUUACAAAUUUAUUUUGGUGAAGAAUGACAUUGGCACUCGAGGUUAAUAUUUAUUACGACAGUAUCAGGGAAAGAAUUAUUCUGCAGUUAUGUUUCCUAUAUUCAGAGUGCCUAAUUGCUCAAAAUUAAAUAAUCCUUACUUUCUAUCCUUCCAUGUUCAUGGCAGCAAUCUGUAUAUGCACAAAAUUGCCUGCUCACUUAAGAAAUCUAAAGGAAUACAUUAGCUACGUUUUUCUAAAAAGAUAAACUAAGUUUGCCUACAAUGUUAACAGGGAAUAAUCUGACUAUGUUACAAAAGUGUAUCAAUUUUUAAUGUUUUCCACUUGAAUAUUCUAAAAUUUGGCCCAAGGAAACAUGAAUACUGUGUUCAUAUAUCAUGAGCAUCUCUUGCAUUUCGGUUGUCCAUCCGAUACAUGACACAGUCAAAAUGUAUGAAUGCUUCUAUGUUGUACCAGUGUAUUCAUAGGUAAUUAGAUUAGUUUAAUUGCUUUGAUGAUGUAAUGUUGGUACGAGAAAAACCAUUAAAAAAUUAUUAAAUUAAAAGUUAGAGUUGCACAUAUUUUUCAUAGAAGUAUAUGUGGAUCUGUAGCAAAUCUGUACUUGAUUUAUUUUAAAAAUAUUGUUAUUUUAAUGCACUAAGAAAUGGCAUACCUCCCUGAAUUAUGAAUUUUGUUUCAGCAUUGCAUUGCAAUGAAGGCAUUGUAAUACUUAGAUAGUUGAUAUAAAUGAGCAUCUGAUGGGACAUUUACUAGAUGAUGGAAGCGCAACAAUAACAGAUUUUUGAAGAAAUUUUGUCAUUGGUUGAAUAUAAUGGGAUUGCCAAGGUAAUCAUUCUUGUGAUCAAAGAAUUGAAUUCCAAAGCUUCAUGAAAACAAUUAAAAAUAUAUAAUAAAUGCAUCAAUGAACAGUAUUUACUAAGUUUGUAAUGCAGGCAUUUCUAAUCACUUGUACAGCACUGUUCAAUGCUUUCAGAUGGUGCUAAAAUGAAAUGGACCAAUAAUCUGAGUCAAUUAAUUCUUCUGCUAAUUAUUCAACAAGCUUUUAACAUUGUUUAAAAUAUCAAAAAUUGACAUGAACCAAGAAAUCAAAACUGAAUUUGCAAUCCAUAGCAUUCAACUUAUCAAACACACAAAAAUGUUAUAAUUUUGUGAAAUACAGAUUAGAUGAGGAACAUAUCACUAUUGGAUGUACUAUUCAACUAUCUUGGCAAUUCUGAAAAGUGUUCAGUUUUUAAUAGGUAUUGAGGAUGUCUAUCUUUAGAGAGAACAUAAAUAAAACUUUAUUAUAAUUAGAAAUAUUUGUAAAAAUUAGUGUUGUAAAAUUAGAGCUAUAUUUGUUACUUCAUGUUAUUGUACAUGUUUUAAUAGGUAUACUUUCUAUGAAA